AUGACCAUAUUUAUACCAAUUGCUGUCGCUGUCGUUUUGAUCUACCUGGCAACGUGGAUACCCACACUUCGGACGUAUAGAAGGCAUUGGGAGUAUGGAAAUAAGAUGCCGGGACCCCCUGCACAUCCAAUCUUUGGAAACCUCAAACCUAUCAUCGGGCUUAGUACUGAAGACCUCCCAUUCCUAUUCAAAAAGUGGGCAGAAGAGCAACGAGACAAGGGACACUCUAUCAUGAGGGUUAUAAUGAAAGGUGUUGUCUACGUAUGGCCAUUGAACGGAAAGGCGGCCGCUGCGAUUAUAGAUUCAACGACUGAAACGAAUAAAGGAGAUGACUAUCGAUUUUUUAGUCCGUGGCUUGGAGGUGGUCUGCUUUUGGAGGGAUUCGGUGAGAGGUGGAAAAGCCAUCGGAGAAUGUUGACGCCGGCGUUUCAUUUUGCAAAGUUGGACGGGUACUUUGAGGUCUUCAAUAAUGAGGCAAAGAUCCUCAUUGACCUCCUCAGUGAUUUCUCUGAUUCUGAAGAAACCGUGGACAUAUUCCCUUAUAUAAAGAGAUGUGCGUUGGAUAUUAUUUGUGAAGCAGCAAUGGGAAUCAAGAUCGACGCUCAACUCAAUCAUGACCAUAAGUACUUGCAAGCUGUGGAGGGAUUCAAUAAGAUUGGAGUCCUGGUAUCAUUCAACCCUCACUUGAAGAACCCUUUCAUUUUCUGGGCUCUUGGAUACAAGGCUCAAUAUGAUGAUUACCUGAAUACCCUCAAGAGUUUAUCAGAAAAAGUAAUCGAGGAACGACGGGCCGCCCAUGAAUCAGGAGAGGUUGAAAUGGAGACUUCCAAGCGGAUGAUGAAUUUCCUGGAUAUUAUGCUAAGCAUGGAAGAGUCUAACCAGUUGACUUCAGAAGACAUCCGACAGGAAGUUGACACCUUCAUGUUUGCUGGACAUGACACUACGACGUCUUCUACUAGCUGGGCUUGUUGGAACUUGGCACAUCAUCAGGAUAUUCAAGAGAAGGUUUAUCAGGAGAUGCUGGAGGUGUUUGGAGAGGAUACGAGUAGUGAUAUCACUUUGGAGGCGUUGGGAAAACUCAACUAUUGUGAUAGGGUUCUGAAGGAAUCGAAGAGGAUUAUUGCACCGGUUCCAGCGUUGCAGAGGAAGCUGACUAAUGAUUUGGUUAUGGACGGCUACACAGUACCAGCUGGUGGCAACAUCACCCUCUCCCCAAUGGUCCUCCACAGUAACCAUCUCAUCUUCAAAAACCCCGAGAAGUUCGAUCCAGACCGAUUCCUGCCCGAUGAAGUCGCCAAACGACACCCCUACGAUUUCAUGCCUUUCCUAGCGGGACCCCGGAAUUGUAUCGGUCAAAAAUUCGCGCAACUCAAUGAGAAAGUCAUGUUGUCCCAUAUCAUAAGAAAUUUCCGUCUGGAGCCACGUCUCGGGUAUAACGAGACGAAACCGUGUCUGGAAGUGGUGACGAAGCCGUCGAAGGGAAUACCGGUCCGCUUAAUUCGCAGGAACUAG